UAGUAAAACAAAAUGUCUUAAAUGUGACUUGGCAUCUAGAUUGUAAGUUUCCUGCCUCCCACAUGUUUGUAGUGAAUUUGGUGCAGUUGUUGUGGGUCUUGUGUGUGGGUUUGGCUCCCUGAAAUAUAAAUCAAAAAUACAGUGAACAGACUGGACCCUCGGUGUGUUCCGUACAUGUGUUCACACCGCCCUGACCUCUGUGUGUGUUUUGACACUGAUGAUCGACACUCCAUCGUCUCCGAUCUCUCCUCCCAGCAGCGGGAGAUCAGCCAUGCUGAAGCCAGGUGACCCGAGCGGCUCGGCCUUCUUGAAGGUGGACCCGUCCUACCUGCAGCACUGGCAGCAGCUCUUCCCUCAGGCACAGUUGAAGGCUCCUCUGGUCCCACCGCCUCCUCAACCCGAACGCCUCUCCAUCUCCGUGGACAGCCUGCGUCCAUCCCGUCUGCAUGGCCACCUCCUGGCCCCCACAAACUGCACCCCCUCCUCUUCUUCUUCUUCUGCAUCUUCCUCCUCAACUUCUUCGGCAGCGGCAGCAGCAGCAGCACUCACCCCAUCCUCCUCCAUCUCCAUCUCCACCUCAGCAGGGAUCUCCCAGCUGCCUGUGCCCCAGCAGAUCGCACUGUUUGGGCAGGCAUUGGCCCCAGUAUGUGCCGGGCCUGGAGGCCCAGGAGGAGGACCUGGAGGAGGAGGAGACCUGGUGGUGGUUGUCCCCCCAGAGAACCAACAGGGUCACAACCCAGCAGCAGGGCUGCUCCAUCAGGCCAAAGAGCAGAGCUGUGGUGGGGUCGGCGUGGUGUCGUCCAGCGUGAAGAGCAACAGCGGCGGAGGAGUCGAGGAGGGCAGCAAAGGAGCGGCAGGCAGGUUCAAACUGACGUCGGAGGAGCUGGACUACUACCUGUACGGACAGCAGAGGAUGGAGAUCAUCCCAGUGAGCAACCAUACCGGAGAGGUCAACAACCGCUGUGACAUGUGUGCAGACAACAGGAACGGCGAGUGUCCCAUGCAUGGCCCUCUUCACUCCCUGCGUCGACUCGUCGGGACCAGCAGCACAGCAGCACCCGUCACAUUGCCUGACAUCCCUGAUUGGCUCAGAGAUCUGCCCAGAGAAGUGUGUCUGUGCACCAGUACAGUUCCCGGUCUGGGUUAUGGGAUCUGUGCGGCUCAGAGGAUCCCUCAAGGAACUUGGAUAGGCCCGUUUCAGGGAGUCCCUCUGCUGCUGGACAAACUGCAGUCUGGAGUCGUCAGAAACACGAGACACCUGUGGGAGAUCUAUGAUGCAGAGGGGACGUUACAGCACUUUAUUGAUGGCAAUGAUCCCAGUAAGUCGAGCUGGAUGAGGUACAUCCGCUGCGCCAGACACUGUGGGGAGCAGAACAUGAUGGUUGUACAGUACAGGUCCUGUAUCUUCUACAGAGCAUGUAUGGAUAUCCCCAGAGGAACAGAGCUGCUUGUUUGGUACAAUGACUCCUACACUUCCUUCUUUGGUAUCCCGCUGCAGUGUAUCGCUCAGGACGAAAACUUAAAUGUCCCAGGCACAGUGGUGGAAGCCAUGACCAGGCAGGAGUCCCUCCAGUCCUUCAGCAAAAAUGGCAAACCCUCUUCUUCCACAUCUUCCUCCUCUUCCACCCACUCCACUGCCCUCAUGCGCUCCUUGGUCUUCCCUCACCCUCCCUGCUCGAAGAAUUUAUCCCUAUUGGACAAGGUUGGGGUUGGUGCUCAGUCAGAGUCCAGUUUUGGCCAUUUGGGGUCAAAGAACCAGCGGGUCCUGGCAAGCCCAACCUCAACCAGCCAGCUGAGUAGUGAUUUCAGCGACUGGCACCUGUGGAAAUGUGGCCAGUGCUUUAAAACUUUCACCCAGAGGAUCCUGCUGCAGAUGCACGUCUGUCCGCAGAAUCCAGACAGACCAUACCAGUGUGGCCACUGCUCCCAGUCUUUCUCUCAGCCGUCGGAUUUGAGGAAUCACGUGGUGACGCACUCAAGUGACCGACCCUUCAAAUGUGGAUACUGUGGCCGUGCAUUUGCUGGUGCCACAACACUCAACAACCACAUACGCACGCACACCGGGGAGAAGCCGUUCAAGUGUGAGCGUUGCGACCGCAGCUUCACACAGGCCACUCAGCUCAGCCGACAUCAGCGACUUCCCAAUGAGUGUAAGCCAGUGAAUGAGAGCGAGUCCAUCGAGGUGGAUUAACCCCUGACUGAAAAAUACUGACUGACACCUUAUCCACAUUAAGGCAGCUAAAUUUGAAAACUCAUCUUUUUCUUUUCAUUUUGUGACCGUUUUGUCCCCCCCACCCCACCCCAAACAAAAAAAAAGAAGAAUCUGAAAAUACAAGUGACCGAACCACACAAUCUCCACCAAACUGCUAGGGCAAAAAGAGGUUAAAAUAUGAGUAUACAGGAAAGAAAUUGCAUUGUUUUUAUUAAUAGAUUUAUUGAUUUUAUUUCCCCAUCGGCUAUAAUAUGCUUCAGACAGCUUUAUGGGGCAAGAUCAGUGACUUAAAAUUUAGUAUCAAAAAUUUGGCUUUGAAAACAAAGCCUGAACUGACAUUGAAACACCUGUUUUGGAAACAGGCACUGAAACAAGUAUUGCUAAUACAAAAAAGUCCCCUGAGAAAUAAAACAGAAAUAUUAAAAUGAUUUCAUUUUAUUUCACGAUUUUUGGUAUUUUGAUCUGUUUUUCAAUGACAGUGAUCAGAUAUAUUUUUUCAUGUC